AUGUCAAAUCUAGAUCCAAUUAUCUAUCCACACUUAAAAGUGAAUGUGCCUUCAUUUUUAAUAAAAACUUAUGAGAUAUUAGAAGUAUUAAGUCUAUAUUUCAUAAUAAGAAUGAAUCAAUAUCGGAUCUGAUAUCUUGGAAUAAAGAAGGGACAGCUUUUAUAGUGUAUAAUUCUCAUGAAUUAUCAUCUAAGGUUUUAGCAAAUUACUUUAAACACAAAAAUUAUCCUAGCUUUUUAAGGUAAAAAAACAAUGUUUAAGUAGAUAACUAAAUAUGUAUAACUUUAAAAAGACUCGAAAUCAAUAUGGGUAAAGUGAAUUUCGACAUAAAUGGUUUAGAAAGGGUUAAAAGUAUAAUAUAAUUAAUUGACCUCUCUAGAAAUAUGAUUUAGUAUAUUAGACGUAGAAAUCAAGAAGAAACAGAUUUUAAAGUAGAAGCAAGAGAAUAAAAUCAAGAACUUGAUUGUUAUAAACAAGAACAUGAAAAUAUGAAAAUAUUGCUUUAUGAUCUUCAAGAGAGUCAUAAAACAAUGUAAAACAAUAUUGCUUAAUCUUUGGAUUAAUCAACAUAAACAAAUAGAUAAAAUUUUAUCACUCUGCAAGUAUGAAAAUGCUAAAUUUAUAGAAUAUUCAUAAGACCUAAUUAGAGUUUAAUAAAAAGUAUGAUUAUUUAUCAAUCAUGCUCACAAAUGUCUUAGCCAAUCUACCUAAUUUAUGUAUUAUAUAUUUUCUAAUAAACAGUAACAAAUUUUAGAGAAAUGAUCAAAAUAUGUUAGGACGAGACUAAUUUUUAAUAAACUUUACCCUUUUUAGAAAAUGGAACAACUUAUUAAAAUCCUUAAGUUUUAUCAUAUAAUCAGUUCUAAUUUUAUACCCAAAAAUAAAAGCCAAGUAUAUUGUGUUGUUUUAAAUUUGAAGUUUAUUUUUACGAUUAGAAAUAAUUGUUCUACAACAAUUCUCCCUAAUUAGCAAUAACCGAUGUGUAGAAUAACUUUUGUAGUAAGAUUUUAAUAUUUAAUAAAGCUCCAACGACCUUCUCUUUAUAGAGCAGUUAAUANAUAUAUAAAUCAAUUUUUAAGUGUCCUUAGAAAGCAAAUCUUUAAGUCUUAAUUUGUGAUAUUUAAGUGGAAUAAAAUCUUGAAAAUUCCUUAUAAAUUAAAUAAUAUGUCAAAUCUAGAUCCAAUUAUCUAUCCACACUUAAAAGUGAAUGUGCCUUCAUUUUUAAUAAAAACUUAUGAGAUAUUAGAAGUAUUAAGUCUAUAUUUCAUAAUAAGAAUGAAUCAAUAUCGGAUCUGAUAUCUUGGAAUAAAGAAGGGACAGCUUUUAUAGUGUAUAAUUCUCAUGAAUUAUCAUCUAAGGUUUUAGCAAAUUACUUUAAACACAAAAAUUAUCCUAGCUUUUUAAGGUAAAAAAACAAUGUUUAAGUAGAUAACUAAAUAUGUAUAACUUUAAAAAGACUCGAAAUCAAUAUGGGUAAAGUGAAUUUCGACAUAAAUGGUUUAGAAAGGGUUAAAAGUAUAAUAUAAUUAAUUGACCUCUCUAGAAAUAUGAUUUAGUAUAUUAGACGUAGAAAUCAAGAAGAAACAGAUUUUAAAGUAGAAGCAAGAGAAUAAAAUCAAGAACUUGAUUGUUAUAAACAAGAACAUGAAAAUAUGAAAAUAUUGCUUUAUGAUCUUCAAGAGAGUCAUAAAACAAUGUAAAACAAUAUUGCUUAAUCUUUGGAUUAAUCAACAUAAACAAAUAGAUAAAAUUUUAUCACUCUGCAAGUAUGAAAAUGCUAAAUUUAUAGAAUAUUCAUAAGACCUAAUUAGAGUUUAAUAAAAAGUAUGAUUAUUUAUCAAUCAUGCUCACAAAUGUCUUAGCCAAUCUACCUAAUUUAUGUAUUAUAUAUUUUCUAAUAAACAGUAACAAAUUUUAGAGAAAUGAUCAAAAUAUGUUAGGACGAGACUAAUUUUUAAUAAACUUUACCCUUUUUAGAAAAUGGAACAACUUAUUAAAAUCCUUAAGUUUUAUCAUAUAAUCAGUUCUAAUUUUAUACCCAAAAAUAAAAGCCAAGUAUAUUGUGUUGUUUUAAAUUUGAAGUUUAUUUUUACGAUUAGAAAUAAUUGUUCUACAACAAUUCUCCCUAAUUAGCAAUAACCGAUGUGUAGAAUAACUUUUGUAGUAAGAUUUUAAUAUUUAAUAAAGCUCCAACGACCUUCUCUUUAUAGAGCAGUUAAUAAAAUUCUCCUUAUAGAGUCUAAAAUAUUUCAUCGUAAUAAUAUCUGUAGGAUUAUGCAAAUAUAGAUUAGGUAUAAAUUAUACAAUAUUUUUUAGUAUAGUUUAUAUCAAUAAGUAUGA